UCUGUCCUGCCCGGACUGCUGGAAGCGGCCGCAACGCCAUGUUGGCGAAGUCUCUCAUCUCUGUGAGGAAAAAAUGAUAGAAAAAAUACGCGCCGAGAAGAAAAGGUAGAUCGCCAACAGAGGUAGAAGAUUGUGGCGAUUAUUUAUUUUUGAAAGAAAAGGAACCGAGCCGGAUCCGCGGAGGUUCCGGACGGACGAGGGAGGCUAAACCUCCCACCGUCCCCAUGAAUAGCACCGCUGAUCCGAACAGCGACUUUCCAUGAAAAAAAUACGUUUGUGUUGCUAUUCGUGCUUCGUUAUCCCAGUUCGUUAAAGGGAUUUGGGGCCUGCUUCAAGAAUCUGCUACGCUUGCUCUAUGUAUGCAAGCUAGGCGUUGUUUGUAUCAGUAUUUAUUAAGGUAUUGUUUUUAUUUGUUGAUUUUUUUGCGAUGAGUUUGCCACCGAAAGUGGUCCCCAAAACCGCCGCUGUCGCAGUUAGCGGACCUGGAAGUGGCCCCUCUCCGUCGAGCCAACUGCGGGCUACCCUGACCUCCGUGUCUCUGCCGCCGGGAGCCCCAACAGCUCCUCAGCCUGGUGCUGUACCACCACCUCAGAUCCCUCGGGUUCAGCCACCUCUGGACGACCGGAUCUUCCCCUCACAGCCCGGAGUCACUGCAGUCUACAGUGUGAGUCCCUGCCAACAGACCCUCUCCCAAACAUAUCCACCGAGCGCCACAGACAUUGCUGUUUUUUUGAGGCAGAGCGCCCAACUGAAGUUCAGUGCAGGAGAAACGCACCAGUUUCCUCCUAAGAACAUUGUAACCUUUAUGAAGGUACCCAGGCACGCUGGCCCUCCUUACACUGCUCAUGACAUCACAAAGGGACACCCUAACUUGGCGGGCACACCACCCGGCCAUGCCCACUCCCCGGCGCUCACUCAGGUAUCCCUUCCCACAGCUUCCCAAUAUCGCUAUGCGAAGGGCUGGGAGGCAGGCGGAGGGUCUCCAUACAACCCUGGACUAAAUGCUGGUUCCGCCCCUUUAGUGUAUUCUCCCCAGACGCAGCCAAUGAAUGCACAGCCACAAAGUCGCCCGUUUGCCACGGGCCCUCGACCAACCCACCAUCAGGGAGGAUUCAGGCCCAUCCAGUUUUUCCAGAGGACUCAGAUGCAGACUGCGAGGCCCACCAUCCCUACUAACACCCCCUCCUUACGGCCCGGCUCCCAGACGCCUACAGCAGCUGUCUACCCCACCAACCAGCCCAUCAUGAUGACCAUGGCCCCCAUGCCUUUCCCCUCCCCACAGGCUGCUCAGUACUACAUCCCACAGUAUCGCCACAGUACGCCCUACGUGGGACCCCCUCAGCAGUAUUCUGUACAGCCUCCGGGGUCCGGCGCCUUUUAUCCUGGGCCGGGGCCAGGGGACUACUCUUCCCCAUAUCACCCCCUCAGGUACCACCCGCCUGUCUCACCCACGGUUCCCGCUCCCGUCCCCACAGCUGUUCCCCAGUACUACCCCGGACAGUCUGUGUACCCCCCCUCACCCCCCAUCAUAGUGCCUACACCACAGCAACCUCCACCAACCAAGCGUGAGAAGAAAACAUCCGCCCAGAUCCGUAUCCGUGACCCCAAUCAGGGCGGCAGGGACAUCACAGACGAGAUCAUGGCAGGGGGUUCAGGGAGCAGGAAUUCAACGCCUCCCAUUGGCCGCCCCUCCUCUACCCCGACACCCCCACAGUUUUUAUGGCCGCACCCUCAUUAUCCUCACAUUUUCUACCUCAAAUCGCAGCAGCAGCCGAGCAGCAGCCAGACUCCAGAGCAGCCGCAGCAGGCCCAUCCUGGGGGCUACGCACUGGAGCCCCCGCAGCCACUACAGCCACAGCAGCCGUCCACCACUACGGCUGCAGACACCAAACCAGGGCCAGAUGAUACGCCAAAACUGGAGCCAGUUGUCCAGAAGUCUUCCUCGCCUGGGCUUGUGCAGCCUGAAGCCCCGUUAGAGAGGCUCCAGGCCAAAGCUCCCGCAACCGAGCCCUCUUCUCCCGUCGAACCAGAACUUCCCUCCCCUGCUUUGAUGAGCGCCCCCGUCACUCUCCCUCUUUCAGUGGCCAACAACAGUGAGCGUGCCCCAGCCAAGGAAUCCACUGCAUCAGCCUCUCCUCCCUCCCCCUCGGUGGGGGAGCACAAGCCACCUCAGACUACCAACACAGACAAGCCUCUCUCCGACGCCCUACGAAGUCCGGCUGCCUCUCCAGCGCCGGCUCCCAAGGCUCUGAACGGCCUUGCAGACCCCGGUGCUGAGCUGGACACGCCGGAGCCUUCUCUCCUGCAUUCAGCUGCCCCCCAGCCCCAGGCCUCGGCCCCCGCUCACAGAGAGGCCUCUUCCUCCGACGCUUUGCCCUCUGACGUGAGCCCAGAGGUGCCCGUUGCUGCUGCGCUCGCCCCUUUGGCCCCUGUGGCUGUGGUGCCAGUCACCCUGACCUCAAGCCCCGCCCCCGCUUUGCCAGUUUCGCUGCCCCCCGGCCUUCCGCCUCUAGUGCAGGCCACAACAGAGGCCGAGGAGCCGAGCAAGAGCUUCGACACUAAAGACCUCGUCCCCAGAGCGGGGACGGAGGCACACGGAGACAUUACGGACAGCAAAACAGAGGCCCAGCAACAAGCACUCAGCAGCAAGAGUCCCACUACAGUAAAUCAGACUGCUUCUGCUAUACCAAAGACCUGGAGGAAACCAGAUGAAGGGAUCUCUGCUGUAGACGCACCUCACAAGGAGGACGAGGACGAGCCCCGGCCAGCGGAGCCUCCUGCUGUGGAGCAGGUCCUGCCCUCGGCCCCUCUGAGCUGCAGCCCGGGGCCCCUGCCAGCAGCCCUCACCUCCAGCCCUGCUCCAGCUCCUGCCAGCAGCCCAGAGGCGGACGGGAAGCCCGCCGCCCCCGAGGAGAACGGUGAGGCCGAGACGGAGCCCAUGAGGAACGGGGCAGGUCACACCUCAGAGACAGAGAGCAGCGAUGGUGGAGCCACCCCCGCUGACAAGGAGAACUCCACAGGGGCCCCACAGGACAUCGAAGACCUGGCUGAGCCCGGUGGGAAGCGUCAGUAUAACAGGGUCUUCCUGUUGGGCUUCCAGUUCAUUCCCGCCUGCAUACAGAAGCCUGAGGGUCUCCCACCCAUCAGCGACGUGGUGCUGGACAAGAUUAACCAAAAUAAGUUGCCAUCCAGAGCGGUGGAGUCCAGGGUGAUUUCCAGAGGACCCGAUUUCACACCUGCCUUUGCAGAUUUUGGCCGGCAGACCACCGGAGGACGAGGCGCUGCACCUAUGAACAUUGGGGCCCGGCGGCCUCCACCCAGGAAGAUCAUCAUGCACGUUCCUGUUAAUGAUGAAAUUCAGCUGAAGAAAUCAGAGAAUGCAUGGAAACCCAUCAUGAAGAGGCCGGAAGUCGUUAUAGAUGAUCCUGUGGUGCAAAACACACUGGAGCUCUUCAAGAAGGUUCGCAGCAUCCUGAACAAGCUGACGCCACAGAAGUUCAACCAGCUGAUGCAGCAGGUGACGGACCUGACCAUCGACACGGAGGAGAGGCUCAAAGGAGUCAUCGACCUGGUGUUUGAGAAGGCCAUCGACGAGCCCAGCUUCGCCGCGGCCUACGGAAACAUGUGCCGCUGCCUCGCCACGCUCAAAGUGCCCAUGGCAGACAAACCUAACACCACAGUGAACUUCCGCAAGCUGCUGCUAAACCGCUGCCAGAAGGAGUUUGAGAAAGACAAGGUGGACGACGUGGUGUUCGAGAGGAAGCAGAAAGAGCUGGACUCUGCUGCAUCGACGACAGAGCGCGAGCGGCUGCAGGUGGAGCUGAGGGAAGCCAAGGACAAGGCCCGGCGGCGCUCCAUCGGCAACAUCCGCUUCAUCGGCGAGCUCUUUAAGCUCAAGAUGUUGACGGAGGCCAUCAUGCACGACUGUGUUGUCAAGCUGCUGAAGAACCACGACGAGGAGUCUUUGGAGUGUCUCUGCAGGCUGCUCACCACCAUCGGCAAGGACCUGGACUUUGAGAAGGCCAAGCCUCGCAUGGAUCAGUAUUUUAACCAGAUGGAAAAAAUCGUCAAGGAGAGGAAGACGUCGUCUCGGAUACGGUUUAUGUUACAGGACAUUGUAGACCAGAGAUUGCACAACUGGGUGUCCAGGAGAGCCGACCAGGGCCCCAAAACCAUCGAGCAGAUCCACAAAGAGGCAAAGAUUGAAGAGCAGGAGGAGCAGAGGAGAGUGCAGCAGCAGCUUCUCUCCAAGGACAGCAAGAGACGGACAGAUCCAAGAGAUCAGAGAGAUCAGCGGGAGCAGCGGGAUCCGCGGGUGCCGAGAGAAGAGACCUGGAACACUGUGCCCGUGACGAAGAACAGCAGGACCAUCGACCCCACCAAGAUCCCAAAGAUCUCCAAGCCUCAAAUGGAUGAAAAGAUCCAGCUCGGCCCCCGGGCUCAAGUCACGUGGGUGAAGGGCAGCAGUGGAGGAGCCAAGGCCAGUGACUCAGAACUAUCACGGACGGCCGGCCUCAAUCGAUACUCUGCGCUGCAGUCUACUCCUUCCCCUCAACCCUCCACCACUCCUCCACAGAACACAGACUUUGACCCCAGGACAACUCUGGGAAGCAGUCGUAGCAGUGUGGGGAAAGACCGCGUUGAGAAGCCCCUGAUCUCCACCCCUCCAUCGUCACGGCCCGGACCCUUCACCAGGGAAGGCAGUUCCAAGGAGCUGCUGGAGAGUCCGACCCCCGAGGAGCCGCGCACAGAGCCGGAGCGAGAGGGAGCCGAGCCCCGGAAACCGAGCGUCACCGAGGACAAGACGGAGCGCAGAGUCAGAGAGCCGGUGAAAGCUGAGCCAGUGGUCCCGACUUCAGACAGACCUGCUCUCUCUGAGGAGGAGAUCGAGAGGAAGUCCAAGUCCAUCAUCGACGAGUUCCUGCACAUAAAUGACUACAAGGAGGCUGUGCAGUGUGUAGACGAGCUGGACCUGAGCUCUCAGCUGCACGUGUUUGUGCGCAUCGGGGUGGAGUCCACACUGGAGCGCAGUCAGAUAACCCGGGACCACAUGGGCCAGCUCCUCUUCCAGCUGCUGCAGCGCGGCAUCCUGCCCAGAGCCCAGUUCCACAAAGGCUUUGCGGACAUGCUGGAGCAGGCGGACGACAUGGCCAUCGACAUUCCCCACAUCUGGCUUUACCUGGCCGAGCUGCUCAGCCCCGUGCUGAAGGAGGGGGGCUUCUCUAUGAGAGGGCUCUUUAGUGAAUUAAGCAAGCCUUUGCUUCCUGUGGGAAGAGCUGGGAUCUUAAUUUCUGAAAUACUGCACAUACUAUGCAAACAAAUGAGCCAUAGGACUGUGGGUUCUUUGUGGAGGGAAUCUGGCCUCAACUGGACCGACUUCCUACCAGAGGGGGAGGACGUCCAGGCUUUCAUCUCACAACAGAAACUCCAGUUUGUUCUGUCGGACGGCUCGAGUCCGGAGACGGCUCUGUCCGGAAGGAUCUACUCUCCUGAGGAGCUGAGUCAGCAGCUGGAGAGACUCCUCCUGGAGGACAUGGCCAGCGACGAGCAGAUCUUUGACUGGGUAGAGGCAAACCUAGAUGACUCUCAGAUGAGCUCGUCCCCCUUUCUGAGGGCUCUGAUGACAGCUGUGUGUAAGGCAGCAGUGAAAGAUGAUAACACCAACUGUCGAGUGGACACGGCCAUCAUCCAGAGGAGAUUGCCUGUAUUACUCAAGUACCUUAACUCAGACACUGAGCGACAGCUGCAAGCACUUUAUGCACUUCAGAUGCUGAUCGUCGCACUCGAUCAGCCUCCAAACCUCCUCCGGAUGUUCUUUGACUGUCUGUAUGACGAGGACGUCAUCUCGGAGGACGCUUUCUACAAGUGGGAGACGAGCAAAGACCCUGCCGAGCAGGAGGGGAAGGGAGUGGCCCUCAAGUCUGUUACGGCCUUCUUCACCUGGCUGCGGGAAGCGGAGGAGGAGUCGGAAGAUAAUUGACGAGGGACACACCCGGGGGGAGGGUGGGGCAGGGCGUAGAAGAACUGCAUACUUACAGCAGAACAAACAAACUUUCAAAAUGGGUGUAUGGGCAGGACAACAUGUUUUACGGCUGGAAUUUUUUUCUGCGGUACAGUUCUGAAACAUGCCGCCAUUUUGAGUUUGGAUUCCAACAGCUGAAGCACUAAAUACCUGUAUUAUAAAUAGAAAAUAUUUUUGUUUUAAAUUUUAACUUACGUUUGUUUUGUUACUUUUUAAGAAGAGACUUAAAAGAUACAUAGGUUCCGGACUCUUUAAUUUAUUAUUUUUUUAAGGACUGCAAAUAUGAAAGUUAUUUAACAUUUGCAGAUGCUCACAAAUGAGAACAACAGAAAUAACAAUAUAAUUAAUUAUAAUAACAAAAUAAUAAUUGUGAAAUAAAUAGCCUCCCUGGAUUCCACACUGUUUGGUUUAAAACAGGGUAAACAAAGUUAUUUUGGGAUGAAGGGGAAGCAGAGAUAAAGAAGAGUGGAUGCACAGAAACUAUUAACGUUGUCCGUGUUUGACAUUUCCAGGUCCAAGUCUUCUCCUAACAGGCAGAAAGUGUUUCCCUCAGCCUUGGCUUGCUCUAAGUUGAUAUACAUAAGCCUCAUGACAGGUUAGAGGUAUGCAUUCAAGAAGCGAUGCAGGUCUGUCCACAGAACUUUCAAAACAAACGCAGACGAACAAACCGGACACAUUCAAAUGAAACGAGCAAAAAAGGCAACAUUAAAAAGCAAAUGGCCAGGGUCGUUCAACGUGAAAUGCUUGUAAUACUUCAAACUACAGAGCAGAUAAAACUUGUAAAUACAUUAAAGACAAAAAAGGUAUUUAAAAAGU